CCUUUGAUGUCACUUGUUUCUGGUUGGACUGAACCCAUAGAGGUUUACGUAGUGGGGCAAGUACAGCCCUACUUGUGGACACACAUCUUAUAAAGCGGACAGCAUCAGUGAGGUGAUCAAACUCAAGACGACAACACAACAAAAUCUACUGACUAACAUCGACCAGACUCCAACAUGAAGCUUCACUGCAUCUUCAUCGCCUGUUUCGUCCUCUUUGCCCUCUGCUCACUGGCAAGCUCCCAAAAUUCCCAAGGUCCUAAUAAAUGCUGCUUUUCUUAUUCCAAUGUGAGAAUCCCACUGAAGGCGGUUAACGGAUACUUUACAACUCAUCUUGAAUGCCACAGGAGUGGAAUCGUGUUCAUCACAAAAGCUGGAAAUGAGAUCUGUACUAACUUUAAUGAGAGAUGGGUUCAGAGACUGAAGAACAUGGUGGACGCUCGCAACCUGAAAGAGACAUCAGAUGACAGCUCUUAGAUCAGUCCAUAAAAUGUAAACCGCUCUUUGCUUUUCGAACUCAGCAGUUUUUAAGCUUUCAUUUAUACGAAAAUGCAGGCGCUGUUAAUUGAUGUUAAACAUUGUUAUAAUAUAUUCAAAGCAUGUUUAAGCUUUUCUUUACAUUUUUUAUACAAAUAAACUAUAUGAAGAAUA